UUGUUAUAUAAAAUAAUAAAACCCAACAAAAUUGAUUUUGAAUCUCCUUGUUUCCUGAUAAGGAAAACCCUAUCACAAAUCCACAACACUCAUGGUUAAACCCUAACCAUAACUAUGGCUAUUCUUCAUCAGUUUCUUCCAUCUCUCCAUUUUCGUUCCUUUCCUGCAAUUUUCACACCCAAAGCCUCCAUCAAUGGCGACCACACCCCCAAACCCCCUCGCCGCACCCGCAAAAAACCCACCACAACCAAACCUUCACCUUCAAAAAAACCCUCACCAAAAACCAUUGAAAUCUCAGACGAAUUACCCGAUUUCGACGACGGAAUCGACUUCCCAUACGAAGACCCACCUCUAAUCUGCUGUUUCGGUGCCAUACAAAAAGAAUUCGUCCCAACAGUUCGGGUUUCAGACCAGCAAAUGCAUCCAGACAUGUACUCGGAAUGGAAGAUGCUACAAUGGGACCCACCGGAGUUCGCACGUGCGCCGGGAGGGCCGCCGUCAAACGUGGCGGUAGCCCACGUGCGGUUGGGUGGGAGAGCGGCGGUGAUGGGGAAAGUUGGGGAUGAUGAGUUUGGGCGUGAGUUGGUGGAGAUGAUGAAUAAGGAGAAAGUGCAGACUAGAGGGGUUAAAAUUGGUGGAAGUGGAAGUGGGAGGACUGGUUGUUGUUUUAUGAAGAUUGGGGUUGGUAAGAAGGGGGAGGUGCUUGCUGACAAGGUCAAAGAUGCUGCUGAAGAUUUGUUGGAUACUCAUGAGUUGAAUCUUUCUGUGCUUAAAGAGGCUCGAAUAUUUCACUUCAAUUCAGAAGUCUUGUUAUCCGACACAAUGGAAGCCACUUUAUAUAAAGCAAUCGCGUGGUCAAAAAAGUUCGGCAGCCUUAUAUUCUUCGACAUGAAUCUCCCAUUACCGCUGUGGAAAUCCCGUCACGAGACACGGAAAAUAAUAAACAAAGCAUGGGAACAGGCUGACAUCAUCGAGGUCAGCAAACAAGAACUCGAAUUCCUUCUAGACGAACACUACCACGAAAGACGAAGAAACUACACCCCUCAAUACUUUGCAGAAUCUUUCGAAGAAACAAAAGAAAAAGGGAAAGAUUAUUAUCAUUACACACGUGAAGAAAUCGCCCCGUUAUGGCACGAUAAUCUCAAGUUUUUAUUCGUGACAGAUGGCACUCUUCGGCUUCAUUAUUACUCACCGUUGUUUGACGGGGUGGUUGUGGGGACUGAGGAUGUGUUGAUCACGCCUUUUACUUGUGAUAGAACGGGGUCUGGUGAUGCGGUUGUUGCGGGUAUUUUGAGGAAGUUGACUAGUCAACCUGAAAUUUUUGAGAAUCAAGAUGUUUUAGAAAGGCAGCUUCGGUUUGCUAUUGCUGCUGGGAUUAUAGCGCAGUGGACGAUUGGGGCGGUUAGAGGUUUUCCGACAGAGAGUGCUACUCAGAAUCUGAAAGAGCAGGUUUAUGUGCCUUCAAUGUGGUGAGAUUCUUGAUGAACAACUGUAAAAGCCAGACCGACAGUUUUGGUUAUUGUUUGGAGUUAGUUUAGGUUGUUGUACGGUUAUAUGUUUUAAUGUUUAAAAGUAGAUGUCUCGGUUGUUGAUGUGCAUUUGCGAUGAGAAGCCUCAAAACACCCUCGGAUUUAAUAAGACCUUCAAAACA